AUGUCUGAAUAUCAAGUUGAUUUUCUCUAUCGAGAGAUUCCUUCAGAAGUUACUAAGGAUAUUCUAUCCUUUCUCCAAUUUGAAGAGAAACUAUUCGGUUCGGAAUGUGAAUUCAUCAAGUAUUUUUUCGGCAGAUUUAGAAUAGGAAAUAUAAACUUGAUAUUCAGACAUAUUUUCAUUCCAAAUGGUCAACUGGAAGAACUUACUUUUGAGAAUGGUCAUUGGACACCAAAAGUAUUUUCAUAUUUAAAACCUGAACUGCUUAAAAACUUGAAAAUAUUUAAAAAGAAUGGAAUUUACAAUGAUUUUGGAGAACAUUUAUUGAAAUUCAGUUCGAUUACUGAGCUAGUUGUUAAUUAUACAGCAAUAGAAGAGAUUGGAGUUUCGAAUCUUGUAUCACAAAUGCCCAAUUUGGAAAGAAUAAGCUAUUAUAACGACAAGUGUUUAAGAAUUGACUUUCCCAAAUCGAUUGGAAAGAUUAUUUUAAAAGAAAUACAGAAAUAA